CAGACGUUCGGGUAUACGUAUUCGUAUAAGGCGCGAAACGGGGAAAGGGAAGUGGAGGAAGUUGUGUGACCAAGUGCGGAAAAAUCGGGGUGAGAAGGUGUGAACUUGGCGAAGGAAACGUUCGUGUGACGUGCGAGAGAAAGGGUCGUGUUUUCUUCUUUUGGAGAACGACCGACGAGGGGCUUGUGUCGAGGAUUUAAGGCAACGUUAUGAGACGAGUCUGACGAAUCGACGAACGUAUCACGGUUAAUACGUUAAUACGAUGGCUGUCGGGAAGAGUAUCCAUUUAUUACUCGUCAUCCUUUCUUCAAUGUCCGUCAUUUCACGCUCUUACGUGCCCGAAGCCACAGGUAGGAGAUUGUUCGGCGGGUAUAGAAUAGUGCCGAAAGCGUGUCAACCGACGAUGCCAUCCCGGGUGAGGCCAAACGAGCCAGCGAUAUGCAUGUUCAAUUACGAAUGCUCGCGACGAAAUGGACAAGUGGUCGGCGCUUGUAUGGACGGUUUCCUUUUUGGCGCAUGCUGCCAACUGCCGUCGAAAACUUUGACCGGAGGCAACGUGGAGGACACGGUUCCGGGCACCGAUGAAAUAUUCAACGUGCACGAAAUCGAUCACGUCCCGGAUAUUCCAAUCUUGUUAAAUUCGGACGGGACGCCGCUCGGGAUGACGGUGUCCCAGGACACCAACACCGUCAAGAUGGAUAUUCAUCACGCGUCCACUCAAAUGGAGAAAAAUCAAGGAAUCACGUACACUAAAAUUUCAACGUUCGACGCCCCUUCGACCACCACGAAAUCGAUAUCCGGAGUGCAGAUCCAAGAUAGCGUUGAAAACGCGGAGAAACCGCAAUUACCCGCGCAACCAGACGUAACCCAUCUCGAAGAAGAUUUUCCGGCUCUGCUGGGUCAGCAGAACAUCUUGGACGAUCUGGGUCUUCCGGGAUUGUUGACUCAUUCCGGCUCGAAUAACAACAAAAUACAGAAUCACCAGAACAAUCCUGUUAUUAAUCCGGUUACCACGUUACUAAGCCCGGAUCAGAUACUUCAGAUAGCCGAUCCGGUCGACCAACUUCCGGCCCUGUUUUCCCAAGGGUUGGGCCAAAACCUCAAUCACACCUCGCCCGACACGAUAUUGUUGAACGAGAACGGAACCAUGUUAAACGAGACAAACAAUCCCGACGAUUUGUUCAAACCUAACGCGGUCGAGUCGACCGUGGAGGAGAAGAAAGUGACGGAAACUUUGAGCACCACUCAGAGGCCGAGAGUGACCGAAAGUGUGUCGUAUACGGAAAUUAAGAGGCCUUUGCACGACACCACUCAUCACAUCGGUGCAUCGACCACGCAGUGGAUUAAAUUCUCCGAUCAAUCUCCGUCUUCCAUGCACGAGGUGCACGCAUCCACGGGCGAUCAAACGUUGGGCACGUCGUCGAUGACGAAAUUGCCGGUCACCCAAUUGUACGCCAACACGCAAAGGCUCACGACCGCUUCCCUCCCUCAGGAGACGGCGAUCGAUAACUUCGAAAAGGUGAGCACGCUGAAAGAAAGGGUAUCGAUCAAGGACGUGGAGGCUGAUGAACCGAUCAAUAAAAUAACCACUACACCGAUGACAGUUCUAGCCGACAAAAAGAACGAAUUAGUGAGAGUACCGACGAUUACUUACGAUGCACCGUCUGGCAAUAAAAAGGACGAUAUGAUAGAUAAGGAGGAAAUAGCGAUUAAUCACAUAAUCUCCAUUCUGAACGACACGAAACCGGGUACGGGUACAACGAUUCAAACACCGAAUUCGUCUAUUAAUAAAUGGGUCAGCAUCGACGAAACUUCGAAACCGUCGUUGGUUCGAAUCUCCACGAAAUCCCCCUUCGUUCCCCAACCCACCACCGCCGAAUCUUUCCCUUACACCUUCUAUAAACCGGGACAAUCGUCAAAUUAUUACAGCUACGAAACGGCGGAUACAACUCACGCUUCGUAUUCGACCUCCAACGCGUAUUCCUCGAGGCCGUCCACUCAAUCGGUUUUCACCAGCGUCCCGACUUCCGAUUAUUCCGUGAAAGUAACCACGACGAAUCCACCCGCGCCGACAGUCAUUGUCCUAGGACCCUUAGGCACGGAAUUCACCACGGAGACGACCCAGAAAACGGUGACGAGGAAGCCGGUGGCGGAGAGCGUUGGAUCCACCACGAUUUUCAGGCCCGCGAUCGAAUCGACGAGACCGGGUCCCCUUACCACGAAAAAGCCCGGUGUUUCCACAACUAUAACUCACAACAUCAGCACAGUUAUCUCGAAUGUCGCCACCAACAACGUGGUCUCGACCAGUUUCUUCAGCGUGAACGUGAAAGAUGGCACUACCUCUGAGCCAAUGGUGGACAGCAGUUAUAAUACGAAAUCUACAACCUCCCAGACCGAAGCCGAGACAAAUUCGGAGAGGCUGUCGACGAAACGACCCACGAUUUGGACUACCUUUUCUACGUGGUCCAACAAACCGAGCUUCCAUCCGAGACCAUCCACUCCUCCGAGCAUAGUUUUCACCGACGAGGAGAACGUAGGAGAGCCUGUUCACACAGUCGUGUUCAAAGAUCCUAUCGUUUCGACCGAGAUGUAUCCCAGACCAACCACCGCUCUGCCACACUGCGACGAAGAGACAGCUGCACCCGACGAUCUGAUCAAUUUCCCCCCAGUUCGAAAUCCGAAUCUCAAUAUUUCGAUUCCGAUCUCGCAACAGGAAAAGCCAACCAUCGUCGAAACCUUCAACAACACGGGUUAUCCAGACAUCGAGAUAUUAAGUGAAAACGAUAUUCCAACACCAACCUUCAUCGAGGACGACGUACUCACCAACAAAGUGGACACGUUCGUGAACAAGAUCAUGCAAUCGUUGCAAGACAACUUCCAGGAUCUGAAGGACAUCGUGUACAACCGCGUCAACGCGACAUCGGCUCCACCGCCUACGAAGAGGCCUGUCACCACCACGAAGAAGCCAUCGCGAAAGCCAAUCACCACGACCAAACCUUCGUACGUCACGACGAAGAAACCGGCGACCACCAAGAGGCCGUCGAUCAAUCGCCCGACUACUUUGAAACCUUCGAUAUCAUCCGAGAAACCAGCUCGUCCUUCGAAACCGACUACCCUGAAACCGAAACCAACCACCGUGUUUAGUGCGACCACGAAGAAACCCCAGAUUACAACGAAACGUCCGAGGCCAACCAAGAGGCCCGCUACAACGUUGGCAACGAGUACGGAAGUGGCAUUCGUAGAGGAAGAGAUUAGUACUUCCGGCGCAGUCGAAACUACCACGAGUCCCCAGGUCGCUUCAUCGAACGACUUUCGUUCUCAAUGUGGGAUAAGACCUUUGGUCAAAUCUGGGAGAAUCGUCGGUGGUAAAGCGGCGACUUUCGGCGAAUGGCCGUGGCAAGUUUUAGUUCGAGAGGCCACUUGGUUGGGUCUCUUUACCAAAAAUAAAUGUGGCGGUGUUCUUAUUACAGACAAGUACGUCAUCACUGCUGCCCACUGUCAACCAGGAUUUUUGGCAACUUUGGUCGCCGUUUUUGGAGAAUUCGAUUUGUCUGGUGAAUUGGAAGCAAAGCGAAGCAUGACGAGGAAUGUUCGCCGAGUAAUCGUCAACAGGGGUUACAAUCCAACUACGUUCGAGAGUGAUCUGGCUCUAUUGGAACUGGAGUCACCGGUACAAUUUGACGUUCAUAUCAUCCCAAUUUGUAUGCCCGAUGAUGGUAUAGAUUUCACUGGUAGAAUGGCUACUGUGACUGGCUGGGGACGAUUGAAAUAUAACGGUGGUGUACCUUCUGUUCUACAAGAAGUUCAAGUGCCUAUAAUUAAGAAUUCUGUAUGUCAAGAAAUGUUCCAGACGGCUGGACAUUCUAAAUUAAUUCUCGACAGCUUCCUCUGCGCGGGUUAUGCCAAUGGACAAAAAGAUUCUUGCGAGGGUGACAGUGGCGGUCCAUUAGUAAUGCAACGACCAGACGGAAGAUGGUUCUUAGUAGGCACGGUAUCGCAUGGAAUAACAUGUGCUGCACCUUAUCUUCCAGGUGUAUACAUGAGGACAACAUAUUUCAAACCUUGGUUACAAAGUAUCACUGGGGUCUGAAAGACAGAAAAUAGUGUAUUUCCUGGACAAGGUGACAGGCACCGAUGAUUACGUGCCACUUGUAUAAAUGUACAAAGGAAGAAUUAAUUUAUUUCCUUCGGAAUAGAUUGAAGUAUAUCGUCCAAUUGAUUAAAAGGACUAAACGAACAUGAAUACGUUUCGUAUACUAUUUCCUCGUUUAAAUAAUAAUUUUU